UCUUUCAAUCAAGCUAAUUUAGUGCCCUUCUUGAAGAUCGUCAGAUAAAUAUAGCACCAUUAAAAUUCCUGAUUUUAAACUUAUAAGAGUUCGCUAAGUUCUAAUAUCCUUAUUAAAGUCUCUUCAUAAAAUUCCUUUGGCCUAACAUCUCAGCUAUAUCAACUAGUGACCUAAUAUAGCAAGAAGAAGAGAAAAGAAUAGACUUUAACGAUUAUGAGAGCAUUACCGAGUCUGAGAGUGAUCAAGAUGAGGACUCAGUAUUCAAAGGCCACUUUGAAGUGGUCAAAAAUAGUAUUCUCCAUACCAGAAGAUAAAGAUAUGAGAGAGAUAAUCCAAAAAUAGCCCAAUGGCAACUAAGAUUUUAAAAAGUGAAUAUGACCCCUCCGAAGAAGCUAAAGUUGACUCUAAAUCUGAGGAAAUUAAGGAUGGCAAUUCAGAUCAAAUAAAUCAACUUGAUGAUGAUUAUCAUAUUUUUGAGCAAAAAGAAGAAGAGAAAGAAGCUAAGCAAAAAUCUGGAGAAAGUGGCAAAAAUUCAGGGUCUCAGAAUAGGUUUGAUAGGCCAUCAAAUGAGCAAUCACUUCCUUUAGAAAAUGAAAAUUUUAAUUCAAAAAUCGAAAAUAAUGAUGAAAUAGAUAGCUUUGUUGAUCAAAGUGAAGAUAAUAAAUCUUUAGAUAAUUCUCACCCUAAUACAGUCAAAGAAAGCACCAAGAAAUCUCAUAUUUCAAACUCAAUUGUACAAGAAGACAAAAGCCUCAAUGAAACUAUUGAGUCUGAAAAGAUUAUUGAACACGUUUCAGAUGAUAGCAUAAUUGAAGACAAGCAAAAACUUGACACUUCGGAAAGCCCAGAAGAAAUAACAAAGAUGCCACUUCAUAGAGAUGAAAAUACUCCCACAGAUUUUUAUGGAAAUGAAAAAGAUAACAGAAUCUCGGAAAGAAGUGAAAUUGAAGAGAUCCAAAGUGAUCUACAAGCUAAACACACAGAAGAUCACCAACAGAAAAUGGAAAAUCUAGAAACUUGAGAAGUAAAUGAAGAUUCCUCAGAUAACCAAUCAAGUUCAGGUUCAGACACACUCGAGUUAAACAGUGAUAAGGAAGAGCCAGAUUAUUUCAAAGCAGCUUUGAAAUGCCAAGAAAAUAAGAAGACUAAUUAUUUGAUAAAACUUGAGGUACAAAACAAAAAGGUUAAAAAGAACCAAAUGAAACUUGCAGGGAAUUCAAAGAAAAGAUCUGAUUCCCAAAAGAGAAUAAUUGAAACUGAUCCUGAUCAUACUGUAGUUUCAAAUCCUAAAAUUCCCGGAAAUCCAAAUACAAAACUAAAAAGAUUCGAUAGAUCGAAGAGGCAUAGCUACCAUUCCCAGACAAGGAUCCAGAACAAAUUCAAGAAAAGAUUUUUCAAGAAUAAGAAGAUAAUUGUAGAUAAGAAUCAUGCUAAAAAUAAAAAUCGAAUAAUGAUAUCAACUAAUUCAGGAAGGUACCAACCUAGAAAAGUUAACUCAUACGCCACCAAGCCUGCUCCUCAGAGGAGGAAAAACUUAAAGAGUGCUCAUCCAGGCCAAAGAGACCACCACGGAGAAUACCCAUACAAAUUUAGAAAACCACAAGAUGAACAUACCAUCGAGCCACAAACAGAUAAAAACAUUAGCGAGCCAAAUGUGUUCUGGAAUAAUGAUAACAGAGCGAACUUCAAGAAGUCAAUCUUGAAAAGAGCUCCAAGUGGAGAGAUUAGGAAUAACCGAAAGAGAAACCUGAAUAUCAAGACUAGGAAGAUCACUUCUUCGAAUGACCCAGAUUCUUAUCAUAAGAUAACUGAAAAUGAAGUCAAGAAUAUCAAGAUAGUUGAUUACCUUACCAAUGAGAAGAAGUUAAAUGAAGAGAAAAGCUCUAUGUUUGGGAAGUAUGACACAAACUCUAUGAUUUCAAUCAAGCAAGAUUGAGACUCUGAAGCUGUACACUUGGCAAAUUCAGUGUUCAAUGAAGGAAGUGAACUAAAAUAAAGGGCUUAUUGAUGUUUCAAAAGUUUAUGAUUAUGUUAACAAUCAAGAAGUUGAAUCUAAUUUAUCUCAGCAAUACUCUUUCAAACCAAAUAUGAAUAAAAGUGAAAAUAAUCCAUACACUAGAGAUUCUAUAGAUUUAAUUCCCUCUAACCAGGUCGCUAGAAGAGAUAGCCAAGGAAAGAAGUGGAGUAGAAUUUUGGAAUAUAUGAGAAAGAACCCUAAAGUCUUAAUGAAAGCUAUCCCAUCGCCUCGAGCUGAAGAGAAAAUUAAGGAAGCUCUUUCGCCUCCAAAAUAUAUAUCGCUAAAUGAAAGGAUAAAGAAGGUUGGAAAAUCAGGAAUCCCUCCUAUUGAAAAUAAAAGAAACAUAUUUAAGAAUAUCAGCCAUUCAGAGAAAGAGAAGAGCUGAACGAGUAGUCAAUACAGCAAGUUCACUAGUAAAAGUAUGAAAAGAAGAGGAAACCCUAAUAAAACAAACAUGAUGGUGAUAAAGCCAGUCCCAUUCACAGAUGGAUCUGGGCUUAAGAAAUAUAAACUUCAAGAAAAAUCAAUCGAGAAACAAAACAGAAAGCUAGGAAAUCCAUUUAGAAGAAUGACAUCUGAAGAAAAAUAAGGAGGAAACAAUUUAUGCUAGCAUUUGGGAUGAUGAAAAACCUGUUGAACUAAGCAAAAGGCUUGACUUUUAUGAGCAAAAUAAAGACAAAUCAGAUAUAACUUCUCAUCCACCCGAGAGUGCUCUUGAAAUGACGAAAAAUAACACUGACCUUCAAGAGAAAAAUCUUAGAGAAAAGACAAAGACAUUGUUUAAUAUCGCUAAGAACAUAAUUCCUCCAAAACUGGUUGAUUGGAAACACAGCACUUUAUACACUCAGCAUAAAGACAAUUGAUUAACGAACUAUGGUCAUGACGAACAUGAUAAGAUAUAUAAAACAACUGAUAUAAAAUACAUAAUUGACAUGGUAAACAGACAGAAAAAGGAUGUUGCAGAUGCUAAAAUUAUAGCUCCUAUUCAUAAGAAAGGCCUUAUGACUCUUAACCAACUUAUGGCUGACUUAGAUAUGGAGUUUUCAUUUAAAAAGAUAGCCUCUAAAUAUAGAGAAAUUACAAUAGAAAAUACUCUCAGGAUUCUUAUCAGAUGAAAAAUGUAUUUUUCAGCCAGAGAUGAAAUCUUGAAAAUGUUUCAAGAGAUAGACCAAAGAGAAAACUGACUUGAUAACAUUCGUAAUGUGGUCCUUGGCAUGCAGGAAGACAAAGAAAUUGAAAAUAGAAAAAUAAAGAUUCAAGAAUUAGCUCAAUAUCUCAUGAAACUCACUCAUGCCCUUUCAGAUGACAUGGGUAAAUUUGUUAAAAGUUUCAAGCAGUUUGGAAAAACAUUUGUGUUUGACCAAAUGGACUAUUCAAAAGUAAUAAAAAAGGAGAAAGAAGAAAUGAAUGAUAUACUCUCAAUCUUCGACAUUCAACUGAAGAAGCUGAAAUAA